UGACAAAUAUAUACCUAAUUAUGAUAAUGAUCCUGAGAUGAAAGAAGUAAUGGAAAAAUAUAAUGAACGAUUAGCAAUACGAUGGAAAGAAUAUGAUGAAUUAAAGAAAGAAAAAGAAAGAAAAUAUAAAGAACAAUACGAUAAAGAUAUAAAAGAAAUUAUUUUAAAAGACAAAAUAGAAAAACAACUAACAAAACAAUUAUCAGCAUUAGACAAAUUUACUGAUAUAGACGAUUUAGCUAAAGGUAUAUACGAAAAAAGGGUAGCAACAAAAACGAAAAAAGGUUAUAAAAAAUCCAAGAAAACAUUAGGUCAUAACUUAACAGAAUGGAACAUUUUACCUAAUAUUGAUAUGUAUGAAUGGAUACCUUUUUCAUCUAAGGAAGCAAAAAUUGAUUGUAAUAUAAAAAAUAUGAAACAUGCUCUUACUAAAGUUGGUUAUAUAGGUCGUAAUAAAUAUGAUUCUCAUGGUAAUAAGGAUGGAAAUGAUACUACUGAACUUGCUCCAGUAUUUAGUUCUAUUAUGAGUUCUUCUAAUGCGUUCAUUCAAAGAUAUAUAGGAGAUGAUAUUACAUCUAAUGGUAGUAGUUUUAAAAAUAGUAGUGUUUCAUCAAUUUUUAUUUACGCUUUAUGGGAAUUUUUUGAGCAUAUCGUAGUCCCUGUUUUCGCUGCUCUUUUUCUCGGAGGUAAUAAUGAUGCAGAUGAAAAGGAAUGUAUAAAAUGCUGUGAGUGUAAAGGUAAGGAAGCGUGUGCUUGUGCAUGUAAAAAAGCGAAAGAAUGUUGUUGUGCUUGUGCAUGUAAAAAAGCGAAAGUAUGUUGUUGUGCAUGUGCAUGUGAAAAAGCAAAACAAUGUGCUUGUGCAUGUGCAUGUAUAACUACAGAAAACUGUUGUUGCACGGCUACAUGUGUAAGUGCUUCUUCAGGUGUAGGUAAGUGUGCAUGUGAACACGCAGGUCCUUGGAACGGAUUUCUUGACAAGGUCGCGCCUUAUUUUAAAGAACUAUCUACACCAUUUUUUGCAUUUUAUAUUAUAGCUUCCAUACUAUUAAUUCUUUAUUACAUUUUAAAAUAUUAUAGAAAUUUAAAAAUGGAAAAGAAACAGAAAUAUUUGAAAAUAUUACAAGAUUAA